UUUUUUUUCAUUUAUUUAUUUAUUUUAUUUUUUUUUCAUAUUCUUAUUGUAUUAAAUAAUUCUACUUACAUUAUUAUGUCUUUUCAACCUAGAGUACCUAUACCAGAAAAAGGUGCUUCACUUAUGUUGGCGUUUCGAGCUAAUUCAAAAAAUAUACUAGUUAUUGGAGAUGAUGUGAUAACAGCGAGUCGAGUUCUCUCAUGUCUUGAAGCAGAUGCUACUGUCUAUCUUGUAGCAGAUCCUACCUCUCUUUGUCCAGAGCUCAAGUAUCGUUUAGAACAUCAACAAAUCAAGUGGCUUUCAAGUGAUUUUCAACCUUCUUUGCUUGAUACCACUGCCCUUUCAUUUGAUUUAGCCUUUAUUUGUAUUAAUAAUCAUAAGAUCGAUUUGAGUGAAUUUAAAAGACAUCGGAUUCCAAUUAAUGUAGCUGAUCAUCCAGAGGAUUCAGAUUUUUUCAUGACAUCUACCUAUCGUGACAGGGCCUUACAAGUAGCUGUCUCGACAAAUGGACAAGCCUCUAAAUUAGCUACUCGUAUUCGUCGUGAAUUAACGACUCAUUUACCUCCUCAUCUUGGUGAUGCCAUCGAACGUGUCGGUAUCCUUCGCAAAAGACUUCGACAAUUAGAUCCUAGCUUCAACUCUUUACGUCGUAUGUCUUGGCUUGCUCAGAUCUGUGAAUAUUGGAGUAUAGAUCGUUUAGCCAAACUUUCUGAUCAUGAUAUGGAUGAAUUAUUAGAUAUGUAUGAUGAAGGUUAUGAAAGUGUUAGUAAUGAAACUGAAUUUGGAUCUGUAGAGACAACAACAACAACAACAACGAUGACGAAAAAUAAUAGUAGUAAUAGAAUGGGUUCAAUUAGUUUAGUAGGUGCAGGUACAGGUGAUCCUGACCUGUUGACAUUAGCAGCCCUCAAGGCCAUCAAGGAGGCAGAUCUUAUAUUGGCUGAUAAAAUCGUUCCAGCUUCUAUCUUGAACUUGAUCCCUACUUCAACUACCGUCAAGAUCGCUCGUAAAUUUCCUGGUAACGCGGAUGCUGCUCAACAUGAGUUUAAUCUUUUGGCUCUCAGGGCCGUUCAGGAGGGGAAACGGGUGGUACGUCUGAAACAAGGGGAUCCCUUCUUAUUUGGUCGUGGAGGUGAAGAGGUCCUGUUUUUCAAAAAAUACAAUAUUGUCCCUCAUCUCAUACCUGGUCUCUCAUCUACCGUUGCUGCUUCCUUGGCUGUCGGUAUCCCCCUCACACAUCGAUCUGUCUCAUCUCAAUUUUUAGUCACCACCGGUACAGGUGCCUCUAACUCAAGGGCCCCACUCCCGACAUUUGACAGACACAGAACAGAUGUAUUCUUGAUGUCAAUUCAUCGUUUAAGAGACUUGACAAGGGAUUUGAUGGAGAGUCAAGGGUAUCCUCGUGACCUUCCAUCGGCUGUGGUGGAAAGAGCGAGUUGUAGUGAUCAACGUGUCAUCUGGGCUCCCUUAAAUGAGAUCGUGGAUCUUUUAGAAAGUGUCGGAACUCGACCUCCUGGUUUAUUCAUCGUCGGUUACGCUGUCAAUGUAUUGAAACAUGAAAAUAAAGGUGAUAAAGGUAUCGCGGCUCAUUUAAUGACUGAAUCUGGUUUAUUACCUUCUAAAUUGAAUCCCUCUAAACCUGUGAAAGUAGUAGAAGAAGACAAAAGAUCACCGAUACAAAACAUCAAUUUAUUGACCUUGCAUGAUCCUGAACAAGCUUAUUAAUCAUAUAUAUAUAUACAUACCAAUACGAGUCAAAAUAAUAAUAAUAAUAAAGUGUACAUAGUUAUUUAUUAGAAGAUUAGCAAUCAUUAU